AUGGCUUCCAGAUUAGAAGAGGAUCUCUGCUGUCCCGUCUGCCAAGAUGUCUUCAGAGAUCCUGUUGUUCUGUUAUGUAGCCACAGCUUCUGUAAAGACUGUGUGAAGAGCUGGUGGAAAGACAAAGAAGUAAAAGAGUGUCCACUUUGUAAGAAAAGACAUUCAAUGAUUGAACCACCUGUUAACCUGGUGUUGAAGAACCUGUGUGAGGCCUUCUUACAGGAGAGAGAUCAGAGCUCUUCACAUGCUCUCUGCAGACAGCACUCAGAGAAACUCAGACUCUUCUGUCUGGACCAUCAGCAGCCAGUGUGUGUCAUCUGCAGAGAUUCAGAAAAACACACCAACCACAGAAUCAGACCCAUCGAUGAAGCUGCACAACAACACAAGAAGCAACUUCAGGAAACUCUGGAGCCCUUGAAGAAGAAGUUACAGAGUUUUGAACGUGUUAAAGUAGAGUUUAAACAAACAGCAAAACACAUUAAGGUCCAGGCCGGACUCACAGAGAAGCAGAUCAAGGAACAGUUUAAAAAGCUUCAUCAGUUUCUGGAGGAGGAAGAGGAGGCCAGGUUGGCUGCAUUGAGGGAGGAAGAGGAGCAGAAGAGUCGGAUGAUGAAGGAGAAGAUUAAGUCUCUGAGCAGAGACAUAACAACUCUUUCAGACACAAUCAGAACCACAGAGGACGAGCUGAGAGCUGAAGACGUCCCGUUCCUGCUCAACUACAAGGCUGCAGUGGAACAAGUCCAGCAGCGCCCCCUGCUGGAUGAUCCACAGCUGGCCUCAGGAGCUCUGAUAGACGAGGCCAAACAUCUGGGCAACCUGAGCUUCAACAUCUGGAACAAGAUGAAGGACGUGGUCUCCUACAGUCCUGUGGUUCUGGACCCAAACUCUGCUGGUCCAUGGCUCGUCCUGUCUGAAGAUCUGACCAGUUUGAGACAAGGAGAGAAACAGAAGCUUCCUGACAAUCCAGAGAGGUUUGAUCGAUACGCCUUUGUUCUGGGAUCUGAGGGUUUUAACUCAGGGACUCACAGCUGGGACGUCCUGGUUGGAGACAGUAUACACUGGUUCCUGGGAGUGUCAGCAGAGCCUGUCGAGAGGAAGGGAAACAAACAGUCUGGAACAUGGAGAAUAGGGUUGUAUGGAGGUAAAUACUUAGCACGGUCACCUUCAGGAUCAUCUGAUCUCUCUGUGCAGAAGAUCCAGAGGCUCAGAGUGAAACUGGACUGGAACAGAGGAGAACUGUUGUUCUGUGAUCUAGAUACUAACAAACACAUUCACACCUUCACAGACACUUUCACUCAGAAGAUGUUUCCAAUCUUUUACAUUAAUGAUCAUGAUCACCCAGUGAAGCUGUUACCUGUGAAAGUCUCUGGGACGCUGGAUCAGAGCAGUUAGAGAUAAAGAUUUUAUUCAUCGUUUAUUUCUUCAAGAGAAAUCUGAUGAAUUUAAAUGCUAAACUCGUUGAAGAUGUGUUUAUUUCUCCUUUUAAUUAUCACUAAUUUGUAUUUCUACUGUCGACUUUUCCACGUGUGUAAAAAGAUUUCAUUAUUUUCUGAUCUUUAUAUUUGGUUUGUUUUUUAUUUCCAUGGAAAAUGUUUUCUAUCAUUUAGAUUUUGUGUGGUUCAAUGAAGUCGAGCAAACUGAUGAAGAUCCACAUAAUAACACAUUUAUCAAUAACAGCUGAUAAUUGUUCACAUUCAACAAACUUUAUUCAAACUCACACAUGAGACAUGAUUCAUGUUUAAAAACAUAAAGUCUGUUCACAUAUGAAAUAAUCCAACAUAUAUGAACAUUUGUCUGUUUGAUGUGAUGAAGCCAAAGUGAUUCUGUUUGUAAAAGUGUUUUUUCAACAGCAGCCUAGUGAUGUGAUUUAAUAUUGUGAUAAAAAUAAUAAAAACUAUGAAACAGAAACAGAGUUCUGACCUUUUUUAAGUUGUAAUGUAAAUUUAACAUUUUCUGUGAUUAAGUAGGAUUUUACACUCAGAGAGUUCCAGUUUUUAAAUUGAGAUAUAUAUAUAUACACGUUUAUUCAUGAGUUAUUACUUAUUUAAAUGCUUGGACCUAAUAGUUGUGAACAUUGUAGUAAUAGUUUGAUUAUCGGGGAAAUAGUCAAGCUCUUGGGGUUGUGAUCAUUAUAUAAAUUGUUUGUGUCACAUCUUGAAUAUUUGCCAUUUGCAGCAGGGCUCUUACUUUCGACUCAUACUAAUUCUAUGCACUAAACCUGCUGGAGGAGACUUGUUGUGCUCAUAUUCAGGUUCAUUAUAUUAAUCUGUGCCAUGUGCUGUAAGAUUCAGAAAACACUUUCCUCAGACUGUGCUGUGCUGCCAUUCCUCCGUUCAGCCUCUGUCUGAAACACUUGGUUUUAGCUCCUCCUCCCUGUCGGGGCCCUUGUC